CAGGGACGCUGCCGAAGAGGCCGAGCAGAGGAGCGGAGAGCGGUGCCAUGCCAGCCGGGGAUGGGGGGCUGCCCGGCCCCGCAGGGGUGCAGCUCCCGGGGGGCGAGGCGGAUCGGGCGCAGAACGUCUGGCAGUGGAUGCUGGAGAGCGAGAGGCAAAAUAAGCACAAGCCCCAUAGCACACAAAGCACAAAGAAGGCCUACAGCUCCGACUUCGCCAAGGGGGCCCCCGGCCGCCACCACCCCUGGGGGACCGGCAGCCACCCGCGCGGGGCGCAGCCCGCCCACCCCUUCGUCCAGGACCCCGCCAUGCCCCCGCUCACCCCGCCCAACACCCUGGCACAGCUGGAGGAAGCGUGCCGCCGCCUCGCCGAGGUCUCCAAGCCACAGAAGCAACGAUGUUCAACCUCAAAUCAGCCGAGGGAUCGAAACCACUCCGCUGCCGUUCCGGGGGGGAACAGCCCUUUCUGCAGUGCAAGUCUAACGACAGAAGAUCACAAAGAGCCAAAGAAACUGCCAGUUGUUCACACCUCUCAGUCGAGCGAGUUGGUUGUCACCUAUUUUUUUUGCGGAGAAGAAAUUCCCUACAGGAGGAUGUUAAGGGCCCAGAGCCUUACCCUUGGGCACUUUAAAGAACAGCUGAGCAAAAAGGGAAAUUACAGAUACUACUUCAAAAAAGCAAGCGACGAGUUUGACUGCGGUGCGGUGUUUGAAGAGAUUUGGGAAGACGAAACCAUCCUGCCGAUGUACGAAGGACGGAUCCUUGGGAAAGUAGAACGGAUCGAUUGAUGGUGUCUGCGUUUCUUAAGAAAAGUUAAGCUAGAAAAGUCUUUGGACACACAACAGUAGUGAUGACCAGGAGAAAAAAAAAAAAAAAAACCACACACCAAACUCUGAAGGAAAGUUUUGAACCAAUGAAGAAAAAAAGCGAAGUCUAUGAAGACUUUGCUGAAUUAGCCUUAGAGGAAAAAAAAAAAAAGGCAGUUAUUAUUCAUGAGUUAGGUACUGAGAUGAUAAAAACCCUGAACUAUUUAUUAAAAACAUGACCACUGUUGGCUAUUGGAGAUGCAGACCGUGUUUGAGAGACUUCCAUACAUAAUAUAUGAUUUCCUGGGGAUCUGAAAUCUAUGGACUAAGAGAAACUGUGUAUAGCUUACCUUAACAGUAAUCCUUAUUGAUAUUUAUUGAACAGUCUGUUUUCCCUUAAGUCCAGUUUUUGGAUAUGCUGCUUUAACAAUGGAGAAGAGAGGGGCUGGGAAGUGGGGUGAUGGGAGGAAGGAUUAUUUUAUUUUUUUAUAUUGUUCCCACUGUCUAAAAUUUAGGAGUUUGGCUAUAAGCACGUUCAUGAUUUUUUUUUAUUUUUUGAAGGGGGAGGAGGGAAGGAGCAACAUUGUGCCCAGUAUUUUCUCCAAGCGAAGAUAAAACUUUUCGAAAGAAAUAAUAAUAAUAAAAGCCGAAAUAAAAAUACUUUUGUACCAUUCAUCUAGAGACCGGUGCAUUUUAAUCUAUGCUGCUCUAAUUUGAAAUAAAGGUCUUAAGCGUUAAAUACGUUAGAUGCAAUAUAACAACAGCAACUUGAGAUUUUGUCCAUGGAUUUCUGCGGUGUGAGGUUUUUGCUUUGCUGCUGUCAGCG